AUGUUGUCGUUGGUUCGGAAGGAUUCAGGUUGUCGUGCUGGUGGUUACUCGUUAACAGGUGGGCCUGAUCGUGCUUCUGGAUCCAAUAGUCGCUGGUCUCUUUUGCUAGUGGGAGCUUUCGCGCUUCUAACAAUGGUUUGUGGAACACGAAUUCAGUGUCCACUAUAUUGGUCAUUGUUUAAUGCUGAUGAGCAAAACGGUUUGAAGGAGAAUUUAAAAAAAGAGUUCCUUGAUCAAGGUCUGUAUGGAGCUUUUCAUAUAGGAGACCGCUUUUGUGCCUUAUCCAGUAAUAAGGAUGGAUACUUCGAUUUGAAAGUGAUUGAAAAUGAUCAGGUUAAAUGGUUAGAUGAUGGUAAAAGGAAAGCUGUGCCGAAAAUGAAUUUUGUCAGGCAGAACGGAGAAGAAAUUCGCUGGGCAGGUAACUGGGCCUGGGAUGUGAGGAGAUUUAGAUGGUCCCGAAUGCAAACGGUGGCAAAACAGUUAAUGGGCACACAUGGUUUGAUGGAGAAUUAUAUUGUCGCACGUAGCUUAUGGCGAAUUGUAAAUGGACAAUUCAGAGGUUGGAUGUGCCAAUAUACGAUGGCACGCCACUGGGCGGUCGGAAUUAUUGACACCUCACGAUAUUAAAGUUAAGGGCGUAACUUAUGCCAUCUCUUGGGAAUGGAUUUCGCGAGGUCCAACAGCGAUUGGCAAAGGCCAGAUGGUGG